AUCUAAAUAUAAUGUAACUUUUUUGUAAUAUGAUCAAUAUGUGCUUUCAAUAGCACUUAACUACUGCUCUAAAUCAACAUUCAAUGUUUGAGCUAUGAAGGAUGCUGGCAUAUCAUCAUAUCUGAGGAACUGGUGAUGCUGGUGAUUCACCAGCUCUAUCUCACUGAGAGGAUGGCACUGAGUUUAUCCAGGGUUAUCUUCUUCCUUCCAUUGCAUCCUAUGGCCACCAUGGAAAUGCCACCUCAGCCUCUCACCUCCAUGUAUCUGGGGGCUGUGAUGAUGCUGAUGAUGUGGUCAGUGACUGAGAUUACAGGAAGUGUGGGGGUCUGCACGAAAAGUGAGGUAGUCACCAAAACUAGACUUCACUUCGUACAUAGGACAUAUUUAGAAUCUUACAGAACACGGGGUGGUGGCAACUGUGGAUACUAUUACAGUUCCUGGGAAAACAUGUAUCAGACACCGAACUGCAGGCAACUAUGUGAAUGAAGAAGAGAGUUACACAGAGCAAGAAACCAAGGAGUUCUGUUGCCCUGGUUAUAAAACCUGCUCUUCUGUAGAUGGCUGUGUCUGUCAGCCAGUGUGUCACUUGGAAUGUCUCAACGGGAAUUGUUCAGCUCCAGACCAUUGUG